AUGGAUGCCUUGGAACUUGCCAGAAAGCUGCAGGAGGAGGCCACGUGCUCCAUCUGCCUUGACUACUUCAGGGACCCUGUGAUGACCGCCUGUGGCCACAACUUCUGUCGCGAGUGCAUCCAGCUAACCUGGGAGAAGGCCAAAAGCAGGAAAGGGGGGAGGAAGUGGAAGGGCUCCUUCCCUUGCCCCGAGUGCCGCGAGCUGGGCCCCCAGAGGAACUUGCGGCCCAACCGCCUGCUGACCAAGGUGGCCGAGAUGGCUCGGCAGCACCCGGUCUUCCAGAGCCGGGACCUGUGCAGGGUGCACCAGGAGCUGCUGAAGCUCUUCUGUGAGGACGACCAGAGCCCCAUCUGUGUUGUCUGCAGGGAGUCCCAGGAGCACCGGCCCCACAGGGUGGUCCCCAUCGAGGAGGCCGUGCAGGAGUACAAGCUGAAGUUGGAGGCGGACAUGGGGUACCUUCAGGAGGAGAUGAUGAAGACGGGGAAGCUGCAGGCCAGGGAGAAACAGACCUUGGCCGAGUGGAAGGUGAAGGUGAGGGAGCAGAGACAGCGCAUCCUGGUCCAGUUUGAGAAGAUGGACCUCCUCCUGGUGGAAGAGGAGCAGCGCCUCCUCCAGGCCCUGAAGCAGGAGGAAGAGGAGGUGGCUGCCAAGCUGCGGGAGAGCGCGGCAGCACUGGAGAAGCAGAGCCAUGCCCUGGAGAGGCUCCUGCUGCAGCUGGAAGACAAGGAAGUGCGCACGCCACUGCAGACGCUGCAGGACUUGAAGGAGCUCCUAAGCAGGAAGAACAGCCUGAGUGUUCAGUACCCGGAGGCCACCCCCACCGUGCUGAGGACGGUCUGCAGGGUCCCUGGGCAGAUAGAGGUGCUCAAGAGUUUUCAAGAGGAUGUGGUGCCCGACCCCACCACCGCGUACCCCUACCUCCUGUUGUACGAGAGCCACCAGAGGCGCUACCUGACCACCCCACUGGAGGGCGUGCCCUACAGCAAGGACAGAUUCCUGGCCUACCCCUGUGCCGUGGGCAAGGAGACCUUCUCCUCAGGAAGGCACUACUGGGAGGUGGGCAUGAACCUCACCGGGGAUGCACUCUGGGCGCUGGGCGUGUGCAGGGACAACGUGAGCCGCAGGGACAGGGUCCCCAAGUCCCCUGAAAACGGGUUCUGGGUGGUGCAGCUGUGCAAGGGAAAGAAGUACCUGCCCGUCACAACCGCCCCAACCCCUGUCACGCUGGCCGAGCCCCCCAGCCACGUGGGGGUCUUCCUGGACUUCGAGGCAGGGGAAGUGUCCUUCUACAACCUGAAGGACGGGUCCCACCUGCACACCUACGCCGAGCCUGAAUUCUCUGGCCCCCUGCAACCCUUCUUCUGCCUCGGGCCACCCAAAUCAGGCCAGAUGGUCAUCUCUACAGUGACCCUGUGGGUGAAGGGAUAG